CCUCAGUCCAACGUGGUUCCUCUCAACUCAGUGCCGCUUGUCCGCUCCACUUGUUAGGUUUGUAAUAGCGAUGAAUGAUGAACAGGACCGGCCCUAUGGAUGCAGCGCUCCUGGCUGCUCGCAGCGGUUCCAAAGAGAAGACCACCUGAUGAUCCACAGACACAAGCAUGAGAUGACCCUGAAGUUCUCCUGCACCAAGGCUGAUCCCCUCGCAGACCAGACCCCAACGCCGACCCGUUUCCUGCGUAACUGUGAGGAGGUGGGCCUCUUCAAUGAGAUUGAACAGGAGUUCCGCCAGGCACAGGAGGAGCAGAACAUUAAACAGACUCAGAGUCUCCCUCAGAAUGGAUCAUCAUGUGCAAACCAGCCCCAGCCCCACUCCCAACACCAACCACAGUCCCAACACCAACAACAGUCCCAACACCAACCACAGUCCCAUGGUGGUAUGAGGGGUCUCAGCUGCAGCAUGGCUGGACAGCAAGCACUGCCCUCUGCCCAGUCCAACUCAGUCAUCACACAGGCCCACUCCAUGCUCACACACUCAGGACCUGUCCCUGGGCCCCUCUCCUCCCUACUGCACCUGAGGAACAACAGACAGAGACAGCCCCUGGCCGCCUCCAUGCCUGGCACCCUACCAGACCCAGCCAUGCAGGGAGCAUCUGCCCAGCACAUGUCUAUGGAAAGACAGAUGUCUAUGGGAUCCAGUAUGAUGAGCAUCCAAGGUCCCGCCCAAAACACUUCCUGCUCUUCACCUCAGAGAGCUAAAACCGUGGGUCACCCCCACCAACACCAUCACCAACACCCACACCCGGGAGCUGUCGCCAACGGCAACAUGGGUCCCACCAUGGGUCACAUGAUGGAGAUGUCACCGCGGCAACGGCACACUCACCUGCAGCAGCAGCAGCAUCAUCAGCACCUGCAGCAGGCUCAGCCCAUCUCCUACCAGCAGCACUGCCACGCCCCUCCACAUCACCUAGGAAACACCCACAGCCAGGGCCACCAAUCAGGAAACGUGCCGCAUCAUCCGGUUCACCAAUCACCUCCCUCGCACCUGCAGGCCAGCCACACCCACCAGACCUCGCCUCACCUGCCCCUCCACUCCAUAGCUGCUCAGUUGUCUCCAGCAACGCAGCAGAUGCAUUCAUCCCAGCAGACACAUUCCCUGCAUGCAGGCCAGGCGACUGGAGGACGUCGCAGGAGGUCUGUGGACCAGGACCCAGACGAGCGCAGGCAGAAGUUCCUUGAACGAAACCGAGCUGCGGCCACGCGAUGCAGACAGAAGAGGAAGGUCUGGGUGUCUGCUCUGGAGAAGAAGGCAGAGGAGCUCACCCACAACAACAUGCAGCUGCAGAACGAGGUGACCACUCUGAGGUCAGAGGUUGGCCAGCUGAAGCAGAUCCUGCUGACCCAUAAAGACUGUCCCGUCACCGCCCGCCAGAGAGAAUCACAGGGGUACCUCAGUCCAGGGAGUUCGACAGGAAGUCCCUCCCCCCUGUGUCCCGGGUCGCAGCAGCAGGCCAUCCAAUCCAACAGCAUCUCCACCUCCUCAGCUGGAGGGGGCGAUGGAGCGCACAGGAAUUAAAAAGUAAAGUGCGGGUGGGUGCGUCUGUGGUUUGGAACAUAUUAUUGGAUAGAGAGCUUCCAAUAAUGUCCCAGGAGACAAACUCUCUAGUGCAUCUCUAUGGUUCAGAAUCAACCCCCCUCCAAUUGAGUACAGGAUGUAGUUGCUCCUGAACACUUAGCUAAGGUCAGGUAUGUGUUUCCCCCCUAAUGGUUGAGGUUAGGAUGGGGAAGGGUGAGCUGAUCCUUGAUCUGUGGUUAGAGGCAACUUCUACCUGGAAUCAGGGAUUAAACCCUAGGUGGGGUGCAUCUCAGUAGUCUUAAAUGGCUCCCUCUCCUGGUCUCCUAGCCUCUAUGGACACAUGUAUGGCAAAACUGGACUGGUCUCUAUAAGCCUUACAUCUCUGGUAGGUUUGCAGAAUUCCGGUAACUUUCCCAAAAUUCUGAGGUUUUCCAUAAAUCCCUGUUGGAGUAUUCCCGGAUUUCCGGCUUAUUGCCUCCUGAGUCCAACCGUGAUUUCUGGAAAACCUGUGAAUUUUGGGAAAGUUACCAGAGUUUUGCUACCCUAGUUUCUGUCUCUCUAACUCUGUGAUGAUAGUCACCUGUGAACUGGAUCUUAUUGUGUCUGGGGGAAUCAGUCGAUCAAUGUGUCUCAGUUAGUGGGAAAUCAGACAUCCAAGUACUGUGCUAUCUAUUCCAGGACUGCUCCAUGGCGAUGUGUCUGCAAACAUACUUGUUAUCAUAGCACCUUUUUCUUAGUGGCAUUUUAUUUUCUGAAUGCGUCGGAGUUAGGUCUUGUAACUUACACCGUGACUAGGACCAGGAGUUUCUCCAGGAACAACUAUUGGGCUUAAAAAUAGCCUGUUACUAGGGACCAGAGUUUUACCUAGACAGAUCACUGGGUCAGGUCUAACUCCUGGCUCUAACCAUGACUAAAUAAUGUUACUACAUUGCGUAUUAGUUUAUGUUUGCUACAGUGUGUGUGUGUGGUUGUAUGUGUAACAUAGGCCUCUCUGAAAUGCAGAACGUGAAUGAAAACUAAUACAAAUGUACAUUUUAUACAAAUUUAUAUCAAGUCCUAUGAAUAGGAUGGCCUUGUUUUGUAACAAUGUAAUGCAGAGCCUCUUUUCCCUUUGAAAGUAUUACAAUGUUUGUACAUAUAUUAAGUUGGGCCCAGAGUUUUCCUUGACCAUGUCACUUGACCAAGAUAACUCCUGGCCCUUUGUUUAACCUCUGUAAAGCACUUACUAGUUUCCUACAGUGUAUUUAUCAUGUAAAUUAGGCUCAAACAGUACGUUGGCCUAUAACCUGUUACCUGUAUCCUUCUGUGUCUGUAUUGUGAUUUGUGUUUUGUUGAAUGUAUUUUUUUCUUCUUCAGACAUUGACAAUCGCUACAAACCUACUACGAAAAUAAAAGCACUUAU